AUGCAAGUGCUUCACACACAAGGGUUGACAGCAAACAAAAAGAAGUGCAGCUUUGCGAAGCAAACGGUUGAGUACUUGGGCCAUUUGAUCUCUAAAAGUGGAGUGGCAGUCGAUCCCAACAGGGUAGUCAGUGUGAUGCAAUGGCCAACUCCUACCAAUGUGAAAGGAGUACGGGGAUUCCUGGGCCUCACCGGGUAUUACAGAAAGUUUAUCCGCGACUAUGGCAAAUUAGCAAGACCUUUAACAGAUUUAACCAAAAAAGAUGCCUUCCAGUGGGGACUUGAAGCAGAACAAGCAUUUGACACACUUAAGGAGAAGCUGAACACGGGGCUCUUCCAAACUUUGACAAGGAAUUCUUAG